AUGGAGCAGAAGCAUGCUACCACAGUAGAAAAAAUGAAACGGUCUCUCUACUACCAGCUGAUGAUAAUUGAAAAUUACCAGAAGGCCAUUAGCAAAGAGCUGGGACCGCUAGUUGAAUGGGUCAGAUUGAAUAUUCAGAAGAUUACCAUUACGGCCGAAGAGGAUUUCUGCAAGAGUUACAAAAUUGUCCAACAUCAACUAUGUCAACUGUGUAGUUCAAGUAAAGAAUUGUACAAAAUGCUUCUAGAAGCUAAAACAGGCAUCUUGUUUCAACUAGGAAUUCUGGCGACUGGACAACAGACUCCAACUGAGAAACUUCUUCCUAUUGGAGUUCCUGCAUCUGGUUCCAAAAGUUCCAUUGAUGGUUUAGCUCCAGAAGAUUUUAUAACAGGUGUUAAGAAGAAUCUAAGCACAUGUAUUUGUGAGGAUUCUGGCAUCUGUAGUCCCAAGUUUGACCUUUCCAAAAUAAACUUUUCCAGGGUAAUUGGUGUGUCUUGUGAGAACUUAACAUCAGAAUCUAAAUUGCAAAAGGAAGAACAAUUUGUGAAACAUUCCACUGGUGGUUACCCUUUUUUUCACAGUCUUUCUUCAGAGGCUGACCAACCUCCAGAAGACUUUGUAUCAUCAAAUCUGCACAAUGAGCUCAUUGUAACAAAAGUAGAGGACAGGUUAUCUACUGAAAUCUCUAGCUACGCAAGCCUGUGCUUGAGGAAAGAAGAUCCACAUAUCCUUUCUGACAAAAGAAAGUCUUCAAAUGACAAUCAAACAUAUAUAGUUCGAUCGGAAUGGGAAGUUUGGGACACUUUUGAAUUUACUACAUCGAACAGUGAUACUAAUGGUUGUGUUGAACCUGAAGAAGAAAAGACGUGUAAUGGACAAGCUGUGGUCUCAGCUCUUGAUGCCACUUCAUCUCAGGAAUCCUUGAGCCUGAAUGAUGCAUUAUGCCAACCAAAUCCAAUAGAACAUGUGUUGACCUCCAAAAAUUGUAUAUUUUCUCCCCAACAACACUUGAACUCAAACAGUAUGUUGGAACCACUAACUGAGAGUCAUUUUCCAGAUUCAUCAGUUGAAAGGGAUAUGAAAGUGCCUGUAGCUAGUGAUGUCCCAGAAUUCCAGUUUUGUCGGUGGCAGGAGGUGGAGAUAAGGGUCAGCUAUGCAGUUGACCCGCACUAUUUUUAUAUACAGCACUCUAGCCAGGAGCUACCAGAACUAAUGAGGCAAUUAAACAUCGAGUGCUCGAAGAACUCUGCUACAUUGUGUUGCACUCCUUUGAUCAGCUCCUAUGUGUGUGCUUGGCUUCCUGAAAGCAAGCAGUGGUAUCGGUCUUGUGUUAUCAGGAUUGUGGGAAAUGAAGCAACUAUGACACAUGGAGAGGGUCCAAGCUUUCCCAAAAGAUGGCAGCAGCUGGGCUUGCAAGAUAUUCAGAAGGUCAUUGUGACUGGAUAUUGUUGA